UGGUCAGGCAUUGCUCCAGCUCCUAGGAACAAAGGGACGGGCUGCCCAGUGGCCCAUGCCAGGUGCCCCAGUGGAGCGGCCAGGCCCUGGCCGCCCAUGGAGCCCUUCUACUCUGCCCUCCACGGGGAGAUCCGCGCCUUCGAGGAGCACGUGCAGCGCUGCCAGAAGGACUUCGACCUGCGCACGCUGUACCAGGUGCUGCUGCUGCUGCUGCCUGCGAGCCCAACCUGGGAGCUGAGGAGCCUGGGGCAGCUGGAAAAGCUCGUGGAGGGCUGGGACUGGCCAGGCCAGGACCCUGGGAGAGCCACGGGCAGCGCUGCGAGCUGGGACGUCCCUGGCUACGUGGCCUGGCUUGGCUCCUACCUGGGCUACUUACGUGCUUUAAAAGAAACCUUCGACGCCAAGGUCGUGUUCCCCUUGUGUGAGCACCUCUACGUGCACGAGGACGAGGCCCGGUCCCCCUGGGGCAUCCCCAGCGACUCUGGUGCAGCGCACCGGGGGCAGAAGAGGCCCCAGGCUGUCCCCUCCAUCGCGGAGGUCGCCAAGCAGCUGUUCGCUGGGCGGAGGAAGUGGGCCCAGCUGCUGCAUGGGAGGGGGAUUGACGACCACGUCUUGAGCCCCCAAAGCCAGAGCAUCCUGAAGGACUUUGCCAACACCUGCCCCGUGGCCCCGCUGCUGAGGCUGGUCCCUGACAUCUUUCACCAGAGCUUGGCCACGGCCGCCCUUGCCAGGCAGUGGCUCUGUCUCCCUGGGCGCAGGCUGCUACCUAUGACACACUCAGGCUAA